AUGGCUGCUCCGUCUCCCUUUUCAGUCACGGUUCACCCGUACAGGUCCCGUGUCAGUGGCUCGUGUGCCUACGAGUUGGGCCCUACUACGGCCAAGAAUGCCAUUGUGUUUAUUGGCGGGCUGUUUGACGGGCCUCACACGGUGCCAUAUGCUCGAACUGUGGCCAAGUUUGUCGAGGAAGCAAAGGAUUUGGACUAUUCUCUUUUCGAAAUCCGGAUGCGAAGCUCCUUUACUGGAUUUGGCAUGUCGAGCUUGAAGCAGGACGUUGAGGAUAUUUCAGCCCUGGUCAAGUAUCUUCGCUCCAUCGGCCGCGAAAAGGUUGUGCUAUUCGGUCACUCUACUGGAUGUCAGGAUUGCAUGGAAUACGCCGACUAUGAGAAACACGGGAGCAGCCCCGUGGAUGGCUUCAUUAUCCAGGCGCCGGUGUCAGACCGCGAAGCGCUAAAGGAGAAUUUCCCCAAUUAUGACGAUCUAUUGGCCAUCUCUAAAAAGAUGAUUGCAGACGGCGAAGAGAAAGAAUAUGUCUCUGCGAAACUGAUCCCACCCGGGUUCAACGCCCCCCUCACCGCCUACCGGUUGCACUCAUUGCUCGCAAAGGGUGGCGAUGAUGACUACUUUUCCUCGGAUUUUGAUGAGGCGACACGUACAAGGAUCUGGGGUCGGCUCACCAAGCCGGUGCUGGUGCUGCACUCUGAGGACGACGAGUACGUCCCAGUUCAUGUGAACCAGGAUGCUCUUCGUAAACUAUACCAUGCUGCCAGCCCUUUAGUUAGUCCGUUGUCUGGGUCUAUUCCCGAUGCAACGCAUGCUGUUGCAAAUGUUGCUGGGCGCGAAUGGUUAGCCAAGACUGUUGUCAAAUUUCUGUUGACUCUGGAGUAA